GUUGCUGUCGCGACGCGACGUAAGUUCUAACCUAAAGGUGAAAAAAACAAUUCAAUGUUAGACUUUACCAAUUUAUAUUUUUAACACUUUCGCUACGGCAAAUUGAUCAAUUCUGUUAGCCAUUGUUGAUACAAUGCUGUUCAGAAGUGAUCCCGUGGGUUACGGAUAGUUAGAUGCAACCAGCUUCUAUAUAUGAAGUGAGAAACGAUGGCUCCUGGUCAGAACACCUUUACCAUCAUACCAAACCCUCUGUGCGCCAUCAAUGGCGGCCUGGAUGCUUCCGAAACCCGCCCUAGUAAGCGGCCUAUGACCUCCAAGCAGGCCAAGAAGGCAUAUCAGAAAACGAACAAGGGACCCAAACUAUCCAAAGCCGAGCAGCGACGUCAGGAACUCUUCGAGCAAGACCGUAUACGACGAGAAUUUGAGAAGGAGAAGAACCAAGCCCGCGCAAGGGCUGCAAGGGACAAGAAGAAGGAGAAGGAAGAAAAAGAGCGUGCUGAAAGGAAAAAGAAAGGAUUGCCUCUAGUCGACGUUCAUCCGUCGCAAGCUACAAUUGCCUGGUUUGUCCGUGGUGAUAAAAAGAAGAAGCCGGAGAGCCAAACUUCAAUAAAUUCGCUUGUUGCCGAUCGGGAUGAGAACGAUGUCAGCGAUAGCGCUACCCUAUCAGGUGAAGAUGAACCCGAGCCACCGCCGAAAAAGCAAAAGACAGUGCCUCUAGGUCCGGGACACAGUCCGAGCUUUGCAGGGGGUUUGAACUGUUCAGCAUCACCACCCCGGGACCCAGACGCCCGGGGUACUCCUCAAGCGGCUAGCAACACAGCCAAAGGAUUAAUUGAAGAUGACCAGAUGGUAGAACAUCUGACUCCUGAUGUAGAAAGUCUUUCUACGAUGGUAUUUCCUGAUGACCUAUCUAAUGAUCCAGUGGAUGAUGCUGUAAGAAAUCCGCCUGGAGAUGAUAUGGACCCGGACGAAAAUUCCCUUCUACCAAAAGAACAGAUAAUUCCCAAUAGUCCAUCCCCAUCAAAAUCUCUAGAUUAUUGUCGUUCACCAAUCGCGGUUGAGGAGUUGCUGCCAGCACAAAAGCCAAAGAAGAGUGUAUCACCGCCGCCUGAUCGGCUACCACUCCAAACUCUGGGUGCGAGCGAGGUCAAUUCAAAAAUUACCAACACGCCUCAGGAGCUAUGCCAUGAUCAAGCGAAGCCAUUAGACUACGCGCCAAGUCCCGCUCCAGAUUCAUUGGUAAAUGUACCAAAGGGGACACCGUCAAUUUCACCGCCAAAGUCAUUUCGGAACCCCAAAACCCCAAUGGGACCCCCUCCGAUUCCAUCAAGAUCCAGAUCGCGUGGUCAUGUAUCAGCUGUGAAUUCGAGGAUACCAUCUUUCUUACCCAACCGGACUCAUGCAUCCAGCUUUCGUUCCGCCACUAACCCUAACACUAAACUCAGUCAACGGCAUCACAUACUUCAGGGAACGCAAGAGGAGCAGCCACCAACAAGCACUCAGUUGUUCAUGCUUGGACACCUUGAUGAUCUUUUCCCAAGCCCUUCACAAGAAGUAAGGGAAAUAUUUGGAGAGCCGAAAUUUGGCAUUGGAGGGAAUGGUGCUGAGCCAAAAUCUAAAGCCGCAUGUACAAACAAGUCUCCUACUCGUAGGAAGCUACCUAAUAAGCCGAUCUCAGCUGUGUCACGUCCCGAUCGCUUUGGUUCUGUUGUGAGAGAUGAAAAAACAAGAAAUAUACCCACCCAGGGUCGUUUUUUGUCCAUACAAGCAAAGGAGAGUCCUUCGCUUCCCACUGCAAAUAUCCACUCCUCAGGAAACUCCGAAUCAUUUGACAUGCCAUUUUUCUCAACACAGGAUUUCUUUCUCUCGUCACAAGACCUAGAAGACCUCGAAAACGGUAAAACAUCUCCAAUGGGACCCGAACGUCGGAAUGGUUGCAACAGCUAUAACUCAUCCGCAGAGAAAACAGCUUGGAAUGGCAACACUGGCUUAACGACUUCACUGCAUCCACCGGAUCAAAAGCAGUCUAGAGGGUCGAUACCGGAUUUUCGACUCAGUCCAGCUCGCGACAGGAGUCGAUCAAUUCACGCUCAUUUACUUGGGGAACCCGCCGAAUGUCUCAAAAGUCCGAAGCCGUCGCGCGAGGAAACCACAACACCGAAUACGUUCUCAGAUAGUAAUUAUUCACAGAGUCGCAACUUAAAGAAUACAGCCGACUGUGAAAAGCCUACGGAUAAGAUACAUGAGGCUACCUCUCAGGGCCAUCAAAAGAAAUCACUUAGUACGCUACAAGCUAAGAAGAAUAUGGCACCCCCGCGGGCCUCGCCCAAGCCAUUCUUUACUUCGAGCGACCGAGAAAUACAUCGCAUAUACACCAAUGAGAGGAUAAAGACAAUCGCGUGGGAGAGCGCUUCAACUAGGCGGAAUGUACAGCAGGAAUUAAAGCGUCUCCAAAAGUUAGAGGAUGAAAAAUCAAAUAGGUCGAUGCCGCUGUGUGCAAUAGAAGAUGGAAACAAAGGCAGCAUCAAACCCGGUGUGUCUGGCUCAGAAUCGAGAACCGAAAGCUCAUCCACUCGGCUAUGUGACCAGGAUAAGGACCAGUCGCGGCCCCGGUCUAUCAAUCAGCUAUCGAGCUCUGCAGGAAGUUUACAAAGUCAAAAGAUCGAUGAGCCGAAGGAAGUACGUCCGCGACAGAAUCAGUCACGUAGUUCGUAUGAGAAAAUGCUGGAGUUACUUGAACGCACGGAGAGCCGUAAACAAGAACAGGUAGCGGUAACUGCGUCGCAGGAAACGGACUACGGGGAGGCCGGAUUGGAUGAUGUCCUUAGCGAAAUAUUGUAAUGCCAAGACUCUGGCUCAUCGUGUACUGGAUUAAGAAAUUCGGAUAUCACGAUUCAGGGUGUUGGGUUGAUAUGUAUAUAAGUACUCUGGGUAGGUAGGGUACGGGGGAGCAUAAAGGGGCGCGAACCAUUAUACCCAGCAUAGCAGUCAAUUAUGAGAUAUAUGAAUUAAUAUGAGCAGAAUAUGAAG